UAUUGACCUAGAUUAAGACCUCCAUUGUGGUCACCCAUGGACGAAUGAACUUUUGCUCUUCCAGCCUGUUACUUAAAGAGACUAAGUACAUACAUAGCUAGUAUAUAUAUUCUUGAUGUAAACAAGGAAAGCGUGUGACUGACGGAUGUGUAACUCGUUCAGCAUUUACUACGACUCCGCUUUUACUCUGACAACAGUGUGUUUCUUUACUUAUAUGUGGAAAUUGACGUAUUAAAUGAGAGGAUAUUGGAUCACUCUGAAGAUCAAUUGACGAUAUAUAAUUAACCCAAAUAAUUAAGAAUGGGAUGCUGUAAUUAUCAUGUCUGAGGGAAAUUUUCCUAAGCACCAUGAAGAGUUGGAAUUUAGAACAUAGUGAUUCUGAAUCAUCAGUCUAAUAGGUGGAAAUUCAGCCGCAAAGUUUAAGAUAAUAUUGAAAUUAGUGUUUGUGUGCGCAAUUUGCCAGCUAGUGUUAACUGAGAUAUAUCUUCAUUAUUAUAGCUCUUCCGACGAUUAGAUUAGAAUUGUUACAGCAAGUUCUACAUAAACACUAUAUGUAAUUAUAUAUACAUAAUUAUAUACAAGUGUCAAAUCUGGGAGAUUUUUAAUUAAUAUUAAAAAAAAAAAAAAUGGAGCAACAAAAUACGACACUAACAGCUAAAGACAUCCAGAUGGACGAAAAGAUUCCGAUUCAAAACGGAGAGCACGUCCACCAAAACGGAGAAAGCGGGAAACAAAAUGGAGUCUCGGAAAACGGAGUGCCUGCGGAACCCAAGAAAGGCCAGGCCACGGUUACGAUAAACCCGGAGGUCAAAGUGAGGACGGUGAAUAAAGAGAAACAGAAGGAGAAAGUUCAACAAAUCGGGUUCUUUACUCUGUUCCGAUAUGGGAGUCUGUUUGAUAAGAUUAUUUUGGCCGUGGGGAUAUUGUGCGCCAUGGGGACGGGAUGUGCCACGCCCAUCAACUUCUUUGUGUACGGAGAUCUGGCCAAUUACUUCAUUUUGUACGACAUCGCCAAGGGAACGAACUUCAGUGACACAAACCUUACCACACAAGUUAGUCGCGAGGAACUACUGAAGAGUCUUGAUAUCUUAGACAUUGCAAAGGAGCAUGCCCUGUACUUUUGUCUGAUCGCGAUUGGUGCCUUCACGCUCGGUUUCACCAGCAUCUUCUGUUUCACUGUGUCCGCAGAAAGACAGAUCCGGGUCAUCCGGAAGCUUUUCUUUCGCUCCAUCAUGCGCCAGGACAUGGAGUGGUUUGAUACACACGAAAGCAGUGAAUUAAGCACACGGUUUUCAGAAGAUAUGCAUUUGAUAUAUGACGGCAUGGGAGACAAGAUAGCCACAUUUUUCCAGUGGACGACCACGUUUGUGGUCUCUUUCAUCAUCGCGUUCAUCUCUGGGUGGAAGCUGGCCCUAGCUACCGUCGCAUUCUGUCCCCUCAUCAUUUUAAUCGGUGGGACAUUGACCAGGUGGGUGCGUAAUUUGUCGGGAGAGGAGUCGCAGGCCUACGCCAGUGCGGGGUCGGUAGCAGAGGAAGUGUUCUCAGCCAUCAGAACGGUAACCGCCUUCAACGGGCAGGAGAAGGAGUGUAAACGGUAUAAUGCCAACCUGAUGCACGCCAAAAAUAAUGCAGCCAAAAAGGGGGUGGUGCUGGGUCUGACGGUCAGUGCCUUUUGGUUCUUGAUCUUUUCUGCACUCAGUGUGGCGUUUUACUAUGGAGUCAAACUCAUGCAAGACCCUGAUGAGGAUUUCGACCCAGGGGACACCCUCACUGUGUUCUUGGGGGUGAUGAUUGGUUCCAUGUCUCUGGGUCACGCCUUCCCCACCCUGGAAAUCAUCGCUAAUGCUCGCGGGGCGGCCACCCAAGUAUUCUCCAUCAUCGAACAGAAAUCGAAGAUAAAUUAUGAGCAGGAAGGGGGCAGGAAGCUAGAGAAGAUGGAGGGGAACAUCAAGUUCCGAGGUGUCCAUUUCCGUUAUCCCGCUCGACCCAACAUUCCUAUUCUACAAGGCAUCGAUUUGGAUGUACAGAAGGGACAAACCGUAGCAUUAGUUGGAUCAUCAGGCUGCGGUAAAAGUACCAUUAUCCAACUGUUACAGAGAUUCUAUGAUCCCGAGGAAGGGCAGUUGAGUGUGGACGACGUUGACGUCAAGGAGAUGAACUUGACCUGGCUGCGCCAGCAGAUUGGUGUGGUCAGCCAGGAACCGGUUCUGUUCGGUACCACCAUCGCCGAGAACAUCCGCUACGGACGAAUUGAUGUAACGCAGGGGGAGAUAGAACAGGCCGCUAAGGAGGCCAAUGCCCACACAUUUAUAAAGGAACUCCCACAGGGCUAUGAGACUUUGGUGGGGGACAGGGGAGCCCAGCUGAGUGGGGGACAGAAGCAGAGAAUCGCCAUCGCGCGGGCCCUGGUCAGAAACCCCAAGAUCUUACUCCUGGAUGAGGCAACCUCGGCAUUGGAUAAUGAGAGCGAGGCGGUGGUGCAGAAAGCCUUGGAAAGGGCAGAAGUUGGGAGGACCACCAUUGUGGUGGCCCAUAGACUGACGACGGUUAGAAACGCGGACGUAAUAUUCAGCAUGGCGGACGGUCGGGUCCAUGAGAGGGGCAGUCACAGAGAACUAAUGGACAGGAAGGGACUCUACUACACCCUGGUCAACUUACAGUCCCAAACUAAUGAAGAAACAGAGGAAGCUUCAUUUUCAUUGGAUAAAACUCCCUCACCUCAAGUCAAAGACUCGUUCUUGGCCUGGGUGAGCUCAACUCAGGUGGCUGAAGAGUUGGAACAUGAACUGUUUGAGGAUGAAGAGGCGGACGAAAAUGCUGCCCUCAUGCAUAAGGUCAAAGGUCAUCAUGCUACGCCCAUUGCUAGGCAGAUGUCUGCCAUGAGCAGCCAUAGUAAUGAUGUCAUUGAUGGCAAAGCAGAAACUGACGAGGAAGAGGCCGAGGCUGACAUUCCCCUGGCCCCCCUCAGUAAGAUCAUGAAGAUGAACUCACCCGAGUGGCUGUACAUAACAGUGGGCAGUAUCUGUUCCGUGAUCGUCGGUGCAAUACAACCCGCCUUUGCCUUCCUGAUGGCUGAAUUCUUGAAGGUGUUUUCCAUGACCAAAGAAGAGCAGGACCGAGUGUCCCUAAUCUUAGUGGGCAUCAUCAUGGGAAUCGCUGUCUUCAAUGCAUUACUUCGACUCGUGCUGGGUAUUUGCUUUGUAAAGGCUGGUUCAGAUUUAACAUUGAGGAUGAGGAAACUAGCUUUCAAGUCAAUCGUCUGGCAGGAUAUUAGUUUCUUUGACAACCACGAGAAUCGAGUGGGGGCUCUGACAACAAGACUGGCCAGUGAUGCGGCUCUUGUACAAGGGGCCACAGGUACAAAGAUAGGACAGGUGCUCGAGUCCCUGGCGGUGCUGACCACUGCCCUCAUUGUGGCGUUCAUCUACAGCUGGAACUUGACCCUCGUCAUACUCGCAUUUAUGCCCCUCAUGAUCGGUGUGGGUGUCGUCCAGUCUAGACUGGUGGCAGGGUUUGCCAAGGGGGACAAGAAAGCAAUGGAAGAGGCGGGAAAGAUCUGCACAGAGGCUAUAGAUAACGUCAGGACUGUGGUAUCCCUAACCAGGGAGAAGACUUUUGUUGACGAGUAUUCCAACCAUGUUGACAGUAUUUACAGGUCUGGGAUCAAGAGAGCUGCCCUGUAUGGUGUUGUAUUUGCUGUGUCUCAGUGCUUCAUGUAUUUCGCCUACGCUGCCUCGUUUACUUAUGGUGCCUACUUAGUUACUCAGGGACUUGGAUUCCAGGAUGUGUUCAGAGUGUUUGGUGCAAUCAUAUUCGGUGGAAUGCAUGUUGGACGCACAGGGUCCAGUGCGCCAGACUUCACAAAAGGAAGACGAGCAGCUAGUAGACUGUUCUCCCUCAUAGAGAGGAAACCAGCCAUUGAUGCCAAGACAGAGGAUGGUCAGAAACUGAAGUCCUUCACAGGAGCGGUAGAGUUCAAGGACGUUCGCUUCUCUUACCCCUCCCGACCGGACGUUGAGGUCCUAGGGGGCCUCAGUCUCUCUGUGAGCCCGGGGGAAACACUGGCCCUGGUGGGAACCAGUGGUUGUGGUAAAAGUACCACUGUUCAGAUGAUAGAGCGGUUCUACGACCCAAGUGGAGGCUCGGUGAUUGCUGAUGGUGUUGACAUAAAAUCGCUCAACCUGACCUGGUUAAGAUCUCACAUUGGCAUUGUGUCACAGGAACCCACCCUGUUUGACACCAGUAUUGCAGAGAACAUAGCAUACGGGGAUAACUCCCGAGAGGUUCUGAUGGACGAAAUAAUUAGCGCAGCACGGAACGCUAACAUUCAUAACUUCAUUGAGAGUUUACCUCAUGGAUAUGAGACAAAUGUUGGAGAAAAGGGCACACAACUCUCUGGAGGACAGAAGCAGAGGAUAGCGAUCGCGCGAGCACUGGUCCGGAAUCCCAGAGUUUUGCUGCUGGACGAAGCCACGUCAGCCUUAGAUACAGAAAGUGAAAGGAUUGUUCAGGAUGCCUUGGACAAAGCCCGACAGGGGCGUACGUGUGUGGUGAUAGCCCACCGACUAUCCACCAUUCAGAAUGCCGAUAGAAUAGCCAUCAUACACAAGGGACACGUAGUGGAACUAGGGACACACUCGGAACUGUUGGCAAAGAAAGGCGUCUACUGGAAGUUAUCCCAGCACAACGUCAAAAAGAGCUGAAAAUCAACAGUGUCUUAAAAUAUGUAUCAGUUGGCAUAAUCUUUCAGCACCCAUUCUCUUUAUCAUGUGUUGACUCCAAAAUUGUCAUUAUCUUACUAUGUGUCAGAAAGAGCUGAAUAUCAACAGUGUCUUAAAAUAUGUAUCAGUUUGCAUAAUCUUUCAGCACCCAUUCUCUUUAUCAUGUGUUGACUCCAAUAUUGUCUGUAUCUUACUAUGUCAGAAAGAGCUGAAUAUCAACAGAGUCUGACAAUAUGUAUUAGUUAAUUUGCAUAAUCUCUCAGCACCCAUUCUCAAAAAUGUGUGAUGUUGACUUCAAAAUUGUCAGAAUCAGACUAUUUCUAUGUAAGUUUUUAUAUUAUCUUUCUCAUCAUCCAUCCAUUAAUUAUAAUGUUUGAUGUCUCCAGCACUCCAAAGCAUCACACAUUUGAUGACUGUUCAGACUUUUUAUGUUUAUUAAGACAACUUUCAAACUUAAUGUAUUUGAGGAAGUCCAGGUUGUAUUAUUUGAUUUAUUUGUGCAAAUGUUAACAGAACAGGAUACUGACACAGAUAUAAAUGUUAGUUGAUAAUAUCUUCUUCAAUUCAAUGUCCAUUCCUCUCCUCAUUCAGAUGUUACGUACACCAUCUACUUUCCCAUCAUGCAAAUCAAUUUUAUUUCCCUGAUUGGCUUUUACUUCGUGAAUGGAAGCCACAGUGACAAAAUUUCACUCCUUUUAAAAAAAAAAUUAUUAGUUAUCUACCACAGACAUUUGAAAUUAGGGAACUGACAACCUCAUGUAAAUCUUUUACACGUGACGGACCAAUAUUUUUUAUUAGAUUGUAUUACAUGUAUUUUGUUUUUGAUUAUACUACAGUUAGGACCAUAUUUACGUUUUUGAAUUGGAAGCAUGUACUCUUUUUAUACAUUUGUUAAGUCAUAUUACUGGAAACAAAUUUUCUAUGUUAUGUCUAUUUUGUGUACAUUUAAUAUGUAUAAACUGACAUAUCAUGUUUUAAUAACUGUUCAUCACUGGGUUAUUUCUCCACAUCAUAUCAUUUUCCACUUCUCCACUAUCCACUUUAUUCAUAAGUUACUCGGGGUCUCUAGAAUUUACUUAAAGAAUUUGGUUUCUACAGAAUUGUAAUUUUUGAUGUAUUCACAAUUUGAAAAAAAAAUGAAAAUUCCAUACAAGUAAGGAAAUUUUGAUUUUAAAUUUUCAAUUUCAAAUUUUGAUUUUGAGGUAAUGCUCUCACACUUUUCAUUCAAAAUUGGCAGGAAAAUAAUUAGAAUUGCCGAAAAAAAAUUUGACUUGUAGUUAAGAAUCUUUCAUGAUUGUUUCUGACCAAGAAAUUGGUAUUAAUUUAUAUGUUAGCAGCUCAGGGAUUCUGUUCUGUUUUUGUUAUAGGCACACAUAGACUUGUGCAAGACCUCUAUGUCCAAACAAUCUAACAUGUAGCAAUAUCCGCUGUGCCUUUAUGUUCAUUCUUUGCAAUAGUUACUGUUGUACAUCUGUUUGUUGUUCCUUGUUUUAGGAUCAUGAUUAAUAUUGAAGUUGAUAGAAAUGUUGUAAGUGAAUAUAGCUGUUAGUAAAAGUAAAAUGACAGUUGUGAGUUUUGAGUCUGAUAUGCUGAGUUUUGAGUCUGUAAUGCUGAGUUUUGAGUCUGAUGUGCUGAGUCUGAUGUGCUGAGUUUUGAGUCUGAUAUGCUGAGUUUUGAGUCUGAUAUGCUGAGUUUUGAGUCUGUAAUGCUGAGUUUUGAGUCUGAUGUGCUGAGUCUGAUAUGCUGAGUUUUGAGUCUGAUAUGCUGAGUUUUGAGUCUGAUGUGCUGAGUUUUGAGUCUGAUACACUGAGUUUUGAGUCUGUAAUGCUGAGUUUUGAGUCUGAUGUGCUGAGUCUGAUGUGCUGAGUUUUGAGUCUGAUAUGCUAAGUUUUGAGUCUGUAAUGCUGAGUUUAGAGUCUAAUGUGCUGAGUCUGAUGUGCUGAGCUUUAAGUCUGAUAUGCUGAGGUUUGAGUCUGAUCUGUAAUGCUGAAUUUUUUGGAAUCUGGGUCUGCAAGUCUAAGUGUUUUUGGGCAUUAUUUAACAAUUUAAUACUUUAGGAUUGUGCAAGUCUUUAGAUGCAGUGCAACCUGCAGAUUGUGCUGGUGACUUAUUUUUUAAAGAUUGUAACAGUUACUGUAAAAUUCUGCCUAAUUUGACCUUCGGUAUUUACAAGUUUUAAAGAAUAUGUAUUUAAAUAUAUAAGUUUCAGAAUUUUUUCUGUAUAAUAUCUUGAAUGAUUGUUUUUUAGAUGGUGUUUAUAACUUUAGAGUGUGUUUGCUAUAUUAUGAAUGGUGUCCAACUUGCAUGCAAGUAACAUUUGAUCAGAAUACAAGUUUUCUUCAGAAACAGCAUUGAACAGAUUCGAUGGUCAGGAUUUUGUUGUUGUUUUGUUGUUAGUCUUAGUUUGUUUUGAUGAUGAUAUUAUCUUCUGCAUUCCUAUGUUUCUGAACAUUCUGAUUGUAUUUACACUAAACUCUGCCUUUUUUUUUCUCCAUUGUUUUUUAUUGACAUUUUUUAAGCUGAUAAUUAGCAAAAAACUUGCCAUCAUUCACGGAAUCAUUCUUGACUUCUUGUAUGGAUGGUUUUCUGGUACACAUUUAUAUUUGUUAUACUUUCAUGUUAAAUACUGAAAUCUGAUUGGUUAAGAUGCAGUUAAUAAUAUUUACUAUUACCCUCAGCGUUAGCAACGCACUUGGCAACGGGUAACAUUAAAAAUUGUUAUACUUUCAUGUUAAAUACUGAAAUCUGAUUGGUUAAGACGCAGUUAAUAAUAUUUACUAUUACCCUCAGCGUUAGCAACACACUCGGCAACGGGUAACAUUAAAAAAUGUUACAUGCGCGAAAAUUAUGCGCGUACGGUUCGCUGUAGAAUUCACGUUAUUCCUAUAUAAAAGCAGUAAAAUUUUCUUAGAAAUUUUAAAAAAGACAUUCAGUAUAACAAAAUAAAUAGUGCCUGUUUGGGAGGAUAACAGUUGAAAUUGACACCCCUCGAAAACCAUUGUCAACCUCCGCUUCGCGUCGGUUGACAAUGGUUUUCUCGGGGUGUCAAUUUCAACUGUUACCCUCCCAGGCACUAUUUAUAUAAUAUAUACCAUUGUUGUGACUGGUUCAAUCUCUUUUUUGUUUCAUUGAAUGACUCCAUGAGUCUUCUGUAUGGUGCAUUACAGCCACCUAAUAUUCAGACGGCUUUCCGCUAAAAAACAGCUAAAUGUAUCAUAUUUACAGUAUUCUUUUUUCGUUCUUACUUAGUUGAAAAUAACCAAGUUUUAUGCUGAAUUAUAUGCAGUUCUUAAUAUCUUGGAUCCUCAAAUACUGUAAACUGACUUUUAUUCGGGAGCAAAAAAAAACCGAUGAGAGAUUUAUACAAUGUUUAAUGAAUUCAUUGUAGAUUUAUUAAAUUGCAAAUGUUUUUUUUUUUUUUUAUUAUUGGCUCUAUUAAAAUGCCUCUUGUCUCAACUGCUAUGCAGUAUGAUAGCAAACCUUCAAAUCUUUCUAGAAACAUUUCAAUGUUAACUUAAUAUUCCUGCCAGGUUUUAUAUUACUGGUAUAUAUUUAUGUUUUUUUCUUUUAUCUAUAUAUUUCUUCAGGGGUCAAACAACACAACUUGCCAUAUCAAAUUAUUUACUGUUUGUAACCUUACAUAUUUUCUGUGAUAUGUCUAUAUAUUGGAGUCUCUUAUCAAUAAAUAUAUUGGAUAAAUACUGGUCCCUCCCAAGGGAAUAAUUGGCUUGCUCUAUUUAUAUACAUGUACAGUGAAACACGCUUAUAACAAAGUGCCAGGGAUGGACAAUUUUGCUUUGAAUUCGUUGUAAGCGUAAUUUGUUAUAUCAGUCAAGUUUACAACAAGUAAUAAAGUCAUGGAACCCCCACCCUUUUAAAUGAAAAUUACUUCGGUGUAAGCAUCAGUUAAUUAUAAGAGUGUUCACUAUAACCUUGUUUUACUGUACCAGUACUAAAUGUAUUUUGUAUGUGUUUUGUUAGUGCGUGUAUUACCUCUUGGUUAAUAAGCAAAAGAUGUGUUAAGACUAGGAAGAUGUCAGGAAAAACAAAACAAAACUAGAUCUCUUAGGGGCCUAAAUGUAUAUGCCUGGCCACAUAGUUUUUAUUUUUCAUAACUGAACCUCACAGAUUAAAAUUUCUUAUAUGUAAAUUUAUUUGUUUGGACUGCAUGAUUUUGGUGGUUUUGUUCCAAGUGUCUCGUUGAGAUGAGUGUUUGACUGACCCUGAUCCCUGCAAGUUCAAAUGUUGUAUUUGAUAGUUUGCCAAUAUUUUUUGACAAUCAUGUCUUGUUGUCCUAAAUUGAAGAAAAAGAUUGUCUUUCUCAAAUUAUUAUAAAUAUACAAGAUCAUAAAUUUUAAAGAUUUGAAUUGUAAUUUAAUGGAUAUCUUUUUAAUGAUUUCAAUCACCUCUAUGUACAUUCAUUUCUCUGACUUACUUGUGACCUUUGUAAAAGUACCAGCCUUCAGAAUUCACAAAACACUCUUAAAUGUAAAUGUACUAAUUAGUUUAAGUUAUAUGUAUACUGUAUGAAUUUUACAUCUAUGUAGUCUCCACGUAUUUUGUAUCUAUGUGUAACAAAUUGAGUUUGUUUUCUAGUAUUUUUCAGUUGUUUCUGUGAGCCAAGUCUUAUUUUGUUCAUGGUUGUUAACUAUUUAUUUGAUUGAUUAUACAAAGAAUAAAGAAAUACUUCAAUCGGA